UAUCAACAUAGGCCUAAAUAACGCCUAUUAAUAGAUUGAAUGGAUCUCUUGAGUAAUUUAUAUUGUGUACAGUAGAUAAUUAAAAUAUUUAUAUUGUGUGAUUAAAAUUAGGUAUCUAUUAUAUACUUUGAGAAAGUGUUAAGAUAAAACUCAAAUAAUUGAUUUCAAAUACCGGUAGUUUACCGAUGAGAGUAUUUCAAAUUUAAAUUCAAUGAGAUAAGUUAAAUUGUCAGUAUCUGUGACAUUUGAAGCAAACAAAUAACAAAAGAUUGAAAGAUUAUUUCUAAAUGAUUGGAAUCAAAAUAUGAAUAAUUUAUUUAGAUUUAAUCACAAACCUUAAACUGAAUUAAGUUAUAAAGUUUUGAUAAAUUAAGAGCUAGUAUUAGUAAUAUUAGUGGUGGAUCAAAAGAUGAACAAUUCAACUCUUUUUUAAUAAUUAUUGUUGGAUUAUAGAGUAUGGGUUGAAGCUAGGUACCUUGAAACUCAGAGCUAGUAGAAGAAAAUAGUAGAAAUUAAAAACCCUACUUUCAAAAGUCAAUUGCACGAUUUAUGUCAGUCACUGUUAUUAUUAAACCAAACUAAUAAAAUAAUUGAAUUGUGAAGUGUUAGGUAAUUGUAAUAGGCCUAGUAAUUAUGAAACACAAAACCUGUAAAGUAUGAAAAUAAGAUAGAUAGUUUAUAUACUUAUUGACCUUGAACUGAACAAAUUUCUAAUGUGUGAAAUUAUAAACUGUUGAAAAAGGGCUAUUAUUAUAGAAUAUGUUACCAAUGUAUCCUAUUAGAAUUGAUUAUGAUAAAUCAAUAGUAAAGAAUUUAAUUCUAUGUUAUUAUUGAUAAAUUAUGAUAGGCCUAUAGGUAAAACUCACUGAUUUUAACUAUGAGCUGAAUGGGAAAAAAAUAUAAGGUUCUUUAUAAGCAGAAAGUACUGGCGAAAUGGGCGUACAAUGUAUAAUAUGAGUAAGUAAUAAAAAUAUUGUGCAUUUUUAAACUGAACUUGGUGAGCCUUUGACAACUUGACAAAAACUUGAAAAUAUGUUAAAGUUACUAACCUUGAUAUCGGAGCUAAACAAUUAAAUGGCAGCUGUCCUGAUGAAGAAAAUGGCGACCCAGCGCUAUUCUCAGCGAAAUUGUCUGACUGUGUUUAUUGCAUACAAAGACUUGGGUUGGUUGUGUCAGGACUCUGAUGAGAAGUGUCUCACUCUAUCCAAACAGAACUUCAUUGCGCAACUGAUGAGACAGUUUCAGCGUUUCAUUACAUCAACUAAUCCUCAAUAUCUAGGUGGAAGCAAGUGAGGAGACACAAGCAAGAGCUCUGCUCCUUCUGCGCAGAGUUGUCAACAGUGAUGCCCAGUUCUAUUCUCAGUUUUUCUCGCGAGAACAAGAUGGUGUGCUAGCAUGCCAUCACCAUGCAAAUCGGGCCUCCAUAUUCUCAAGGUUAGACAUGUGUUUCUUCAUAAUUUAUUACUAGCAGACUUUCUGUGAACAUAGACUUGACGCAGUUAUAAACCACAGCGUCCUCUAAUACUGUUCAUCAGAGUAAAUUCUAUCCUGUCUUGUGUCGGCGAGAUAUCUGUGCGAAAACGUUUACCGUAUUGUCUGAUUGGGUUGAAAAGUUUUUAAAAAUUUGGUACUAUGGGAUAUGUUUUUUAAUAACCAAACAAGUAUCCCUAAUAGUCCAGUCAAUAUAGACAUAAGAAAGGGGUGUGCUUGCAAUUUAUAUUGUAGUUCUGAUUUUUUAAUAUAUUAUUAGGGUACAUAAGAGAAGUCCAGAACCGAUAUCUCCAUGCAAAAUUUCCUUGUGCUACAUACAGGGUGGCCCAAACACCUCGUAUUUUCAGCUCAUUUUCCAGUUUUCAGCUAUUUCUGCCAAAUCUCAUGAUCGGACAGAAAAAUUUGCUCUUGCCUUUUUUCUAGAAUAUUAAAUUCUGAAUAAAAUGAGAUCAUUCGGAAACUCUCUAUCUCCAAUGAAUACUGAGUUAUGAUUUUUCAAAAAUGAGUGAAAUUUGAAGAAAAAAUCAAUUUUGAUGAAUAUUAGUUUUUGAUCAACUAUUGUUCUUCCUAUUGUUACCAUUUAGAUGUAUAAUUCAAAAUCACUCUGGGCGUAUAUUUGUGCUCUACAAUCUGAGAUCAGAUAGAGCGCUCUAUCCCAUAUAGAUUUCCAAUAUUUUACCUGCAAUGUUUUCAGAUCAUAUGCCUAUUGUUUUGAAGGUGUUUAGUGAUAAGUUAGAAUUCAAUGAAAAUUUGCUACCGUUAUUACCGAAAUUGACAUGGGGAAAACUAGAUGACAGUGGUUAUGCUGAAAGGCUUGCUGGGGAGAGUUGUAAAAUAGAUUUUCUACCAGGAAACAUAGAUGCAGCAAAUAAUUUAUUGACAAAAUUGAUAGCUGAUUCAGCUAGCGGCUCAAUAUCGCAGAGAGGAAAUAAGAUUGAUGUCAGGAAAAAUGUCUGGUUUGAUAGAGAAUGUGUAAGAUACAGAGAUCGCGUGUUUGCGCUUCUCAAAUUAUUCAGAAGAACGAAUUCCAAGCAAGUGAAGAACGAUUACACGUCAAAGCUAAAGGAAUAUAAGUGGUUAUGUAAGAGAAAGAAAGAAGCUUAUUGGGCCGAAAUUAAGGAAAAACUAAAAACUGUAAGGGAUUCUAAGAAAUUUUGGGAGCUGGCUCGGUUUUUCAGGGAGGGAAAACUUACGCGAAGUGGAAAUAUUAUUCCAGAACAAUGGAUACAGCACUUUAGACAGUUGUAUACACCUGUUAGAAGUAGUGGACAGAUAUCGUGGGUUGAGCCUCUUGUUAUCGACGAUUUAUUAGACAAGCCAAUCGAGAUAACAGAAAUAGAUUUAGCUUUGAAAAAAGCUCGAAACAAUAAAGCACCAGGUGUUGAUAGAAUAACGGCUGAGUUUUUUAAAAAAGCGCCAAUAGAAUUCCGACAGCUAUUGUGCAUGUUUUUUAACCGUAUAUUUCGUUUUCUUGAUGUACCAAUGUCAUUCACAAAGUCUAUAAUAUUUCCAUUGUAUAAGAAAAAUGAUCCCAAUAAUCCUGAGAACUACAGAGCGAUUUCAUUUACUAAUGCAAUUUACAAAAUAUUUUUAAGUGUCUUGUUGACAAGAUUGGAGAAGUGGAUUUAUGGUCGAGAAGUCAUAAGUGAGAAUCAAGCAGGUUUUCGGAAAGGAUACUCCGCAAUUGAUAACAUUUAUAUUCUUUUCAACGUAAUUAAACAUUCUCUAUACAAGCGUAAAAGAUUAUACUGUUUCUUCGUCGAUUAUAAAGCUGCGUUCGAUUCAGUAGAGACAAGCACUCUUUUAUAGACUGGCUGAGAUAGGAGUUUCAAAUAAAUUUGUUAAUUUAAUAAGAGCA